ACUGGAUGACGUCACAUCACUCAACUCCGCCCCCCACGCAUUCCAACGUGCCUUGUCCCUGAGGUAAACACGGCGCGGCCCCGCCCCCGGCCCGGCCUCCAGCAGCUUCCAGAAGCGCCCGAGCGGUGCGGAGGGGGCCGGGUCGGGCGGUCGGCAGUGGCGCAGUUGGAAUUGCCGUGUCCGCGGGGCGCAGCCGGCAGCUGGUCGCGCAGGGGCGGGGCGGUGGCGGGGGCACUGGUGGGGGUGAUGCCCUUGUUUAUUUUUACCCGGGCAGUUCAUCCUCUCCGGCAGCCCCAGCGCGGCCCCCGCCGCCGAUCCCCGCCCCGGCCCCGACGGCGCCGCCUAUAAAGCGCCGCCCGCGGGGAGCAGAGGAUGCAGCUCUACAGCUCGGUCAUCACCCAUUACCCGGCGGGCGCAACAGCCACCGCAGCCGCCGCGGCCUCGUCGAGCACCGGUGUCUUCAAGGUCUCCUUAUCACCGGGACCCCCCUCCGCGGAGGCACCGAGCGCCGCCGCUCCGAAUCCGGCCAACGAGAGCUCCGCUAAGGACGGCUUCGUUCCCGGUGGGGGAAGCAGCAGCAGCGCCGCCGCCAUGCCUGCGUUCUCCUCCUGCCUGGAAGUGAUGCCGAGCGGCCCCGCGGCGGGCCCGGGCAGCCGGCCGGCGGGCGGCCCACAGUACAGCACCUGCGCACAGGUCACCGUCAGUCGCCGGCGGCCGCUGGAGCGCAUCGUGCCCAUACGCAUCGUGCAGCGAGUGGAGUCCCCCGGCGAGCUGGUCCCGGCCUCCCCGCGCAGCCGGGCCUGGCUGGAGGGCAUCCUGGAGAGCAUGCGGCAGGCCGGGGGCGACGGCGAAGCCGCCACGCUGCCGCCGCCCGCCGAGGAGCCCAGCAACCGCAGCCUGCGCUUCAGCGAGCACUGUCAGGCGCUGCAGGCGGUGGCCGCCGGCGCCCAGCCCGGGCUGACACCUGGUUGUGGCCCCGCGGAGCGGAGCCGCAGCCCCGCGCGGCCUGCCGCCGGCCCCACGGCCCGGGAGGAGGAGGAGGAGGACAAAGCGGAUCCCAGUGUGCGCAGGGUGCCGGUGGCCAGGCCGGAGCGCAGCGAGAAGCUGGCUCUGUACUUGGCCGAGGUGGAGAAGCAAGACAAAUACCUGCGGCAGAAGGGCCGGUUCCGUUUCCACAUCAUCCCCGACGGGAACUGCCUGUACCGCGCCGUCUGCAAGGCGGUGUAUGGGGACCAGCGGCUGCACAGCGAGCUCCGCGAGCAGACCGUGCACUACAUCGCCGACCACCUGGACCACUUCAACCCUAUCAUCGAGGGCGACGUGGGAGAGUUCCUCAUCGCCGCAGCUCAGGACGGUGCCUGGGCCGGUUACCCGGAGCUGUUGGCCAUGGGGCAGAUGCUGAAUGUGAACAUCCACCUCACCACAGGCGGCCGGCCCGAGAGCCCCACUGUUUCCACCAUGGUUCACUACCUGGGGCCCGAGGACCCAACACGGCCCAGUAUCUGGCUGAGCUGGCUUAGCAAUGGGCACUAUGAUGCUGUGCUGGACCGCAUGUGCCCCAACCCAGAGUAUGAGGCCUGGUGCAGACAGACUCAGGUACAGCGCAGGCGGGAUGAGGAGCUAGCCAAGUCCAUGGCGGUGUCCUUGUCCAAGAUGUACAUUGAGCAGAAUGCCUGCUCUUGAGACCCCCUGGACUGCAGACUGGGAGCUUUGCUGCAGGGACUGAGACAGAUGGAAAGUGUGCUGGCUGUGAUGGUGAUGCCUUAAUCCUUAAUGAAGCAGCAGCAGCACCCCAGACUGAGAGCUGUAGAUUGUGGGGGGAUAAAUGCAAACGUAUUGUAAUAUUCUCUUGUAAAAACACAGCCUCGGAUUAUUUGCAAGCAGAUUUUCCGCAUAUGUUUGUGUCUCCCCACUGUCUAUUUUCUAUCAGAAUGUAUUUUUUUGCACAAUAUUUUUAAACUGUUACCUCCAUCUUCUACACCUAACAUUAGUAUCUGGCUUUCAGCUGUACAGCCAAAAACGUUUGUAAACUGUUUUUGUAAAUAAGGCUUAUGAUGUAACAGCUAUUUUUUGCUGUGUUUUUUACCCAUAAACCUUAUAUUUUUACCAAACGAAGUUGAUGUCAAACUAACUCUCCCUAAUGGUGAAAGCAUCGUGGAUAUUUUUUUUUUCAAAACUAAAACAAUGUUUUUUGUAAAAGUGCAGGAAAGUAUGAACAGAUUGCUUUUCAGAGCAGUUGCUUUCUCUGCCUGGAGCGCAGAACAGGUCCUUUGAGCCAGUUGGAAUGCAGCUACACAUGAACAGUACAGGGAGCAAUUGACUCUUCUGUAUUUAAUUACUGUUUUGAGUAAACUGGCCUCUUGUUGCCUGGUUGGCUUACUGUCUGCUCCAUUUAUAUUAGUUAUCUUUAAUAACAGAACAUUAACUUGAAAUAGAAUGUUGUGACUAGAUAAUAGUCUCCCACUUUGGCAGUAAUUGCCCUGGCUGCACCUUGGUGUUUGUGUUCUUGUUUCUGGGGUUAUGAUGUCUUUUGUAUAAGCCCUGCUUCUCUUCUGGCACUGAUGUUGCACCAACAGCUCAUUAUCUGAUCACAACAUUUUCUUCACUUGGCGUUAUUUUCUAAUAAAUCAGGAAUGGUGUUUGUUCUACAUUAUGGUUUAAAAGGAGGAAAAAAAAGUAUUUAAAUGGAGGUUUGUAUGGUUUGCUGGGUCAAACAUUUGGAUGUUUCCAAUCUGAACUCUGUCUUCUACUUUCUGAUUAACUUGUUAGAUAUAUUUAUUAAGUAAUGCAGUUUGUACUUUUUUAUUUUGUAAUAUAUUGUGAUUUUUGAAUUUAUACUGUAUUUGUAUAAUAGGAAUAUUCACAGCUAAAAUGGAAUGAAUAAAGAAUGUAAUUUUACUUG